AACAUUUUAUAACUAGGUUCGAGUUCUCAGGCAGAGCUUCCUCCCGCUUAUUAUUAUUAUUGUGAGGCAGGGUUCGCCAUUUUGAUUAUAAUGUCAAAAACUAAUUUAACUGUUUACAGAGAUUACAGAUCAAUUCAACGACAUUCGAGUGCCUAAUUGGAGGUUGAAUUAUAGUUUGGUGUCAAGUUUCAACACGGACAGAUUGAGGUUUAGGAGAACCAAGAGAUAUCUUCAUCUGCUCUAGUACUAAUCAGAACUAAUCAACCCUCUCAGGACAAUAUGAUUUCCAAUGAGUUCUGGGUUCAAAGUGAACAAAAUGUGACUGAAGUCCAUCAGCAUGAAGUGGAGAGAAGAGGUGUUCUUAAUCCCGAGGUUAGAGUUGUACAAGAGAAUGGGUCUGAUGAAACCAGGAAUUCCCGGAUAGUUCUGGAGAUGGGAUCGGAUAGAUAUCAGAUGAACGGCGAACAAGGAGAACCAGGACAGAGAACUGGGGAUUGUGAAUUAUCUAAAAUAGGAAUAAACGUUCCAUCCACCUCGGCCGGUUUAGACAGAUUGAAUGGAGACAAGCUUAGUGUGGAACAUGGUGUGAUAUUCUCCAGUGGUGAAGAGAUGAAAAGAUAUCAAUCGUCGAUAAAUUCAUUUGGAAAUAUCGAGGACCUAGGACACUUAGAUCUUCUCCAGUCUCAGUUUAAUCCUAGAUCUGAGGAUCAGGUGAACUAUCUAUCCACCAGUACUACACAGUACCAGGAAAAGCUGAGCAACCCAGUCCUAACCACCAGGAUACAGGAGCUCAACUUAACGGAGAUGAAACUCCUUCAGGACAGAUCAAACCUAGAUCCUGCUCUAGGUAUAAUUUGUCCGGCUACCCCAGUCAAACCCAUCACGACAAUAAACCUCGUCGGACAAUCUCUCCCUGAGUCUAUAAACCUUCACUCCAACCCUGUUCAGGUUCAGUAUUUUGAAGAUGAUAAAGUUAUCAACAAAGUGACAGAUAUAACGUUUCCAGGUGUUGUUCAAGAAGAAAUAUUCAACCAAUACAGAUCUGGAGAUGGAUACGAUGCUAUUUGGAGCUGUAAUGGAGGAAGAUACAGGGUUCAUAAGCUCAUAUUAUCCAUCUGCUCUUCAUACCUACAGGAGUUAUUCUUAUCGGAUAAAGAUGAGUUAACUACAAUGAUAUCUACCCCUGAACUCAACUCAGCAGUUGUCAAGUCCAUCAUCUGUCUCUUCUACACCGGGCGGGUCAACAUCUCCUGGGAGAUGAUAGGGGAGGUCAAUACAGCUCUUAAACUCUUAGGUUUCAAUCCUGAUACUAUGACAGUAACCCCCUCUGGUGCUAUUAAAGAAGAGACUUCAAAUUUUGAUCCUGCCUCCGAUUAUCUAGAGGUUGAACUGAAGAGGAAACGGAAGAGAAAGAAUGAAUAUGAUUCUGAUGACGGUUUUAUCGUCGGAGAUUCUGCAUUUGAUGAUGGAAUAUUAGGUUCAGGAAGUGAAGAUGAAGAUUGGACUCCUAAGAAGUUUCGGAAACGCGUUAAAAGUGAAAACUACAGUGACGAUGACGACGCAGAGGUUAAACCGGUGUUUCAAGGCUCUAAUUUUCGACGAGGACGAAAAUCCUUAAAAACUCCGGACACAACUGAGUGCUUUCGAACCCGGGGUCCCGGAAAGGGCGAGCGUUCGUACAAGCUCGCCCAAGACUUGUUCGAAGGACGACACAGCGACUUCGUUUACGUCUGUCACAGCUGUUAUGAAUAUUUCGAGACGGAGAAAAAACUUGCUCUUCACAAAACAACCGUUCAUGCGAACUCAGGGAGCCGAGGAGAACACCAUACCGCAAACUCGAAAGAGUUUAACUGUCCCAAAUGCUCGGAGAUUAUUUCUGUCAAGCAUUUGGUUUGGUUUAUUAAACAUCUGAAGUACUGUGGAGAGGAUUAUGAUGCUGCCAUGAGUUUGAUUGGUCCUGAAGACUACUCCAGUGAUGAAGAAGAUAAUCCUAGUUUCAAGAAGAAAUAUUCUAAACGUCUCCCACCAGAUCUCUUUAAAGACACAGCUGACCGACUACGUAUAACUGGUGAGCAGAAAGGGAAGAAUGUUCAGACCUUGUCUCGUCUACUUGUCGGUCAACUGGUUGAUUAUAUCUGGGGCUGUAGAACCUGUUAUCUAGUUUUCACCUCCGUAGAUCAACUUGAGGCUCAUAAGAUCGAAGCUCAUAAAGGUGUUUGUCCUCCUGGUGAAUAUUGGAAUCCGUCCUCAGAGAACUAUACUUGUCCUCGGUGCAGCCUCGAACAGAACAGCCGCCAUCUUGUUUGGUUUAUUUAUCAUAUGAGAAAAUGUUCUCAAGGAAUCCCCCAUACAUCGAUAAAGACCGAGGAACCCAAUGAGGAGGAAGAGUUGGAUGAAGAUACAACAAUUAUUCAAAGAGAUCCUGAGGGGAUAGUUAUCCAAAUCUACAAGGUUUGCAACGAUAAAUCUGAAUGGAUUUGUCACGCACUGUUUGGAAGAUCAAUACCGGUUCUAUUUCCUUGUCAUCUCUGCUAUACAGUGUUCAUAGAGGAACAAGAGCUUAGACAACAUUCUAGAAUUAACCACCCUGGUCAAGUAAACCUGCCGGAGUUAGGACCCUAUUUUGACAAGAAUGAGGAAGGGUACAACUGUCCUCACUGUCAGCAGGUUGUCUGUAAGAGUGUCAGCAACCAGAAUAACGUACAGAACACCACAAACUCAAUCUACUUUACUUUCCACUACCGGAAGUGCCAGGGACAAGCGUUUCCGGUGGAGAAGACCUGCGUGGACUGCGGGAAGAUAUUUAAUGAAUUUGAUGUUUAUAAACAACAUGUUAACUCUAGCUGUGAUACCAAAGACUUAUUCUGCCAUUUAUGUACAAAGGUGUUCGCGAGUCAGUCAAGGCUGAACUAUCAUGUUCAGUAUGUUCACUCCGCUGUCAAACCGUUCCCUUGCACCUUGUGUGAAAAAAGUUACAAACGAAGAAACGAGCUUCAGGAACAUGAAGAGAUGAGUCACAGUACACAUUUUAACUACAGCUGUGAUAAAUGCGGGAAACAGUUUUACGGAAAGAAGAAUUUGGCCCUUCACAUGAAAACCCACUAUAGCGAGGAGGAGAAGAAACAUGUCUGCACUAUCUGUGGUUACAGGUUUGCUAAAGUCAAGUUUCUGAAAAAUCACAUGACAAAACACAGUGAUGUUAGACAGUUCUCAUGUGAGGUUUGUGGAGCCCGAGUGAAGACGAGGGAUACCUUAAAGCAGCAUAGGAAAAAACUUCACAACCUGACAACUCCAGUUCCUAAAACUGCUUUCAUCCUAGACCCUGCCACAGGGAUUCAACAAACUGUUUUUAUUAAAGAUGAAAACCAGCUCAAUGUUUAGCCCUGAGAAUUGAGAACCUGUCCUCGAUGUCUAAACCUGAGAAAAAUCUCAAUCUAAUACCUACGUCCUACAACAUAUCUAGAAUUGGAAAGGGUUGUAAUUAUACAAUGUAAUGAUUAGAGCUUAGGAUCUGGAUCUUCCACGUUUUAGCUACCUGGAUCCGAAUUAAUUAGCAAAACAUUAUAAUAGCUUGAGAACCCAGCGUUGCCCAGGGUACUCAUAGUGACUCCCGUAGUUUACCUGGGCUGGGUCGUAAAAAACGAAUUUUAGCUACCAAUUUAGAAUCUCAAACCAAGCUAAGAGCAUUCCUGUGGGUCUCCUUAGUUCCCCAAUCAAAAUUUGAGGCAAAUCGGUCAAAGAGUUCCUGAGUUAUGAUCUGACAUCCAAUCAAACAAACAG